UCUCUGCCCCACGUCAGUAAAGGUGAAUAAGCGACCUCGAGUGUUUGUUGUUGUACGAAGUGUCAAAGUCUGAUCGAUAACCUUUUUCACCAUGGAAAUUACCUUACCCAACGCGUCUAUCACUCUGAAGGGGAUAUUCUUCACACAUCUGAUUCUUACAGUAUGGAGUGGCAUGUGUGGAUGCCUCACCGACAGUUUUGUGCUCUACAACACUAUUCUCCUUAUCACCAUUAUAUGGAGUCUGCACCACCGUGAGUCAGAAGAAGCCCCCUUCAUGGCCUUUUGUGUUAACAUUCUCUCCAUCAUGUUUGACAUUGUCAAUAUGUCCAUAAAUUGGCCUGCUGUCCAAACUGGAGGUGCCAUGACAUUUGGUGCAGCCAUGGCAGUCAUCAACCUACUAGUGCGGCCUCUAUCAAGCUACCUCCUCUACCGCAUAGUCCAGGACCGAGCAGGGUCAUACGGCACCUUUGGACUGCCUUCUGGAUUUGAAAGCAUCUUUGGUGGACGACGCAGCCCCUAUGAAGACAUUGACCAGCCUCCUCAGCAGACGCCUUCUGGGAUUGACACACAGAACACUGCAGCUCCAGGGUCGCCACCAGACAAUCUCUUCACCACUUAAAUACCCAGUUGGCAGUUGGCAGCAAGAAGCUUCAUCUCUUGAGCUUUCUGUUGAUGAAUAUGAAUUGUUUUCAGCUCUUCAAAUGGACAUAAUUGAUGAUUGCUUUAACUGCCGGUAGAUACAUGCCAAGUGAAACAAAAGGGAAGAUUCUAGUCUAAUGAUUAUCUUUGGCUAUUCAGGUUAUUUAUCUGAGGUAUGGAAAGAAUAAUGCAAAUAACAAGUGUGAUAGUAAUCCAGAGUAUCAAAAUAAUAUCACUGUGUGAAUUUCUUUGAUCAUGAUUAGAAUAGAGUAUAAUAUUAACCUAAUGCCACCAGGAAAGUGUAGUGUUCACUGUAGUAUUACCCUAUGAAAUAUCAUUACACAUAGAUGGCUCCACAAGUGCUUAUCCACCAAGGAGUCACAUUAGUAGACCUUGCCUAAUUUCACUUUUAUAUAUAUAUAUAUA